AUGGAUAAGCAGAUAUCUUCACUCAAGGCAGAGCUUCGUCAGACCCGCUCAGAUGCUAGGUCGGGCACAAUUACCCAAGCCAAUUCUGCAUCUCCUGCAGAAUCGCCAUUUAUGAGGAAAGGCUUUACACUUGCCAAAUCUCCCGGGAAGCACUUUGUCGAAGAUGCUACUGGCGCUACUAUCUUCCUCGGCAGCCAUUCUGAUCCACCAGUCGCCCUGGGGUGCCGACAAGCCGGGAGUGAUCCGAUGAUCAACGAUGCAAUGCUCUCCGAUCAGCUUGUUCCACGGACGUACCCAUUUACGAAUUUGUGGAAGCAAGAGCCUGGAGCUAGCGAGAUAUGUGAAACUUUGCCCGACGAGUCGGAUAUUAUCCGAUAUUGGCAAGUCUAUCAAACCAGCGUACACCCCUUUUACCCAGCGCUAGUGACCUACGAGCAAUUCAAUAUCUCGCUUUUUACGUUCAUGAACAAGCGCACAGGGAUGCUGCUGGAAAAUGAGACCAUGAGAUUAGAUGACGUGGAUUCCUCAUGGCUUGCACUGCUGUUUGCUGUGCUUGCCUGUGGAGUGCAGUUCUCGAAUGACGCCAUCAAGGAGCGGGAUCUACGCUGCAAGGUGUUCAUCUGCUCAUCUUUCCAAUGCCUCCGAGCCUCAAAUUUCUUUAACAACACCAAUAUGAACCAGAUCCAGGCCAAGGCAUUGAUUGGAAAUUGCCUGCGAAACAACCUCGAUACUAACAGUGCCUGGAUUUUGAUGGGAUCGACGAUACGUCUUGCGCAGAGUAUUGGACUACACGAAGAGACAGCUUCAGACACACAAAGUUCCACCCUUGAACAAUUUCAGCGAAAACGCCUAUGGUGGAUGCUGUUAUGGCAAGAUACUUUUCUCUCCUUCACAUACGACCGCCCACCAAACAUAAACAAGCUGAGCAGCAGCAUCCCCCAUGACCCAGACGCAGGCCCGGGAUUGUCCUUCGCAGAAUGCGUCUGCGCCAUAUGCCAAAUCCUCCUCGAACGCGCACGACAAGACAGCACCGAAACACUCUCCGAAACAAUAUCCUCCAAAAUCAGGAUGGCAGCUAUAUUCGAAGAUGCCCUCCCAUUCCUUCGUGAUAAAUCGCAUUGUCGUAGUCUGCAAGAUCACCUCGAGCGUCUAGCCCUGAAUAUCCACAUCUGCUACGCAAUCUGCCGUCUCUGUCGGCUGAUCCUGGAUUCUUCAUCCAGUGAAGCUCAUAGCCCAUCUAUGGAUAUCGAUUCCAUCAAGAUGGAAUGUAUUGACUGUGCUGCUCAGGCCGUUGAGAGCUUCUUGGAUAUGCACCGUCUUGCAGCGACUGUGUGUCGCUCGUGGGCAUUUGUUCAUAAUGCCGUUAGUUGUGCGCUCACACUUCAAAGUUUGGUCGCUUCUGGUCCUCAGCAUGCGCGUGCUGGUGUGCUUGUCAAGCGGUUAAUUGUUGUUUUGGAUCGCGAGGAGCAGCAGUCUGUUUGGGAGGAUACAGAUACUAAUGUAAGGUAUUUUGGUCCGUAUUCUCGGGCUUUAAAGGCUUUGCGGGAGACUAGUGAUGGAUACGAGGUCUCCCAAGACGGAAGAACAUGA